AUGGGCAUCUUGAACAUUUACUCGCUCAUCGGGGCCUUUGCGGCAGGGCGGACGUCCGACUGGAUUGGGCGCCGCUUCACUGUGGUCUUCGCCGCUGCCAUCUUCUUCGCCGGCUCGCUGCUCAUGGGUUUCGCCGUCAACUACGCCAUGCUCAUGGCGGGCCGGUUCGUGGCUGGCGUCGGGGUGGGCUACGCGAUCAUGAUCGCGCCCGUUUACACCGCCGAGAUCUCGCCGGCGGCAGUCCGCGGCUUCCUGACGUCCUUCCCGGAAGUGUUCAUCAACUUCGGUAUCCUGCUCGGCUACGUGUCGAACUUCGCGUUCGCUCGCCUUCCCCUCUACCUCGGCUGGCGCGUCAUGCUCGGCAUCGGCGCGGCGCCGUCCGCCCUGCUUGGGCUCAUGGUGUUCGUCAUGCCCGAAUCACCUAGGUGGCUCGUCAUGAAGGGCCGCCUCGCGGACGCCAGAGCGGUGCUGGAGAAGACCACUGAGACGCCAGAGGAGGCCGCGGAACGCCUAGCCGACAUCAAGGCUGCGGCGGGGAUUCCCAAGGACCUCGACGGAGACGUGGUCACCGUUCCCAAGGAGCGAAACGGUGGUGAGAAGCAGGUGUGGAAGGAGCUCAUCGUAUCCCCAACCCCGGCCAUCCGACGCAUACUGCUCUCGGCCGUCGGCCUCCACUUCUUCCAGCAGGCUUCUGGCACCGAAUCCGUCGUCCUGUACAGCCCGCGCGUGUUCAAGAGCGCGGGAAUCACCGACGACAACAAGCUCCUGGGCGUCACCUGCGCGGUGGGCGUCACCAAGACGCUCUUCAUCCUGGUGGUCACGUUCCUGGUCGACAGAGUCGGCCGGCGGCCGCUCCUACUGAGCAGCGUGGGCGGCAUGAUCAUCUCGCUCGUCGGCCUCGGGACGGGCCUCACCGUCGUGGGGCACCACCCGGACGCCAAGAUCCCGUGGGCCGUCGCCCUGUGCAUCCUGUCCGUCCUGGCCUACGUGUCGUUCUUCUCGAUAGGGCUCGGGCCCAUGGGGUCGGUUUACCCCUCGGAGAUCUUCCCGCUGCGGGUGCGCGCGCUGGGCUUCGCGGUCGGCGUGGCCAGUAACCGCGUUACCAGCGGCGUGAUCUCCAUGACCUUCCUGUCCCUCUCCAAGGCCAUCACCAUCGGCGGCAGCUUCUUCCUCUACUCUGGCAUCGCCGCGCUCGCGUGGGUUUUCUUCUUCACCUACCUCCCGGAGACUCGAGGUCAGACGUUGGAGGAAAUGGGCAAGCUGUUCGGCAUGGAAGACACGGACAUGGCUGAAGCAGAAAACACCGCUGCCAAGGAGAAAGUAGUGGAAAUGCCCACGAGCUAG